AUGACUUUCCACCAAAUGGUUUCUAGAGGACUCAUACUGCCGCCGAUAUUUGCGCUAUUGACACUGCAAGUCGGAGCAAAGCCGCAAAGCUCUCCGGCGUCGCUAGUUAAAUUAUCUUAUGGCUCUUUCGAGGGCAAGUUAUCAGCAAAUCUUGUCGAAUUUCUAGGCGUGCCAUUUGCCUCACCCCCUGUUGGACCUUUCAGAUUCGCCCCGCCAAUAAAGCCGAAAGUGUUCCAUGGAACUCGUCAAGCCACUGCUUUUGCUCCUGCUUGUCCCCAACAAGCAAUGGAAGUUCCGCAGUUUCCAGGCUUCCUUAUUCCUCCCGCCAACAUUUCCGAAGACUGCCUCUAUCUCAACGUCAUCAAGCCAGCGACUAUCGCACCUGGGGCAAAGCUCCCAGUUCUUUUCAAUAUAUUCGGAGGUGGCUUCCAAAUCGGGGACACGACGCAAAUCCAUGGCGAUAGCUUGGUCAAUAGGUCUCUGAACCUUGGAGAGCCAAUUAUUUACGUGGCAGCAUCCUAUCGUAUUAAUGCUUUCGGUUUCCUGGGCGGCAAGGAAGUUCAGGCUGCUGGACUAGGGAACGUGGGUUUACUGGACCAGAAAUUUGCUCUUGAAUGGGUUCAGAAGCACAUUGCGGCAUUCGGCGGUGACCCAAAGAAAGUUACAAUCUGGGGAAUAAGCGCUGGCGCGGUUUCCGUCGGCUUACAUAUGCUACAGAACGAAGGCAGUACACAAGGUCUGUUCCGCGCCGGAGCUAUGCAAUCCGGUUCUCCAAUCCGUCUCCCCGGUAUUCUUCGGCAACAGAAAUUUUUCGACAGCCUCGUCGCCGACACGAACUGCACCGCAUCGUCCGACAAGUUGAAGUGCCUUCGAGAUGCACCAUUCGACCAGCUAGUGGCCGCGAUCAACCGGACGCCUAGCAUAUUUUCUUACGAAAGUAUGAACCUCGCAUGGCAGCCUAUGGUUGAUGGAAAAGUCAUCGUUAUUUUCGUUGUCCACGACAAACAUCACGUUCGUUCAUUCAUUCCUCGCGUCCUCGUCUCACCUCGGACCCUUCAACACAGGACCAACGCGCAGUAUAUUGAGUACAUGAAAUCCAACUAUUUCCCAAACCUCACGGAUAAGGAUUUAUCGGCUUUCGGGUCAGCUUAUCCAGACGAUGUUACCCAGGGCUCUCCAUUCUAUACAGGAAGCGCGAAUGCUUUAACACUACAAUAUAAACGAUUGGCAGCAGUCCAAGGAGAUUUGGCAUACCAGGCGCCACGUCGACUCUUCUCUGAGAUCGCAGCCAAGACGCAGCCCGUAUAUGGUUUUAGGUACAUGCGCCCCAGUCAACCACCAAUUUUAGGCAUUCGACACGGCGCUGACAGGGACGAGUUCGUCGGAGACGGCACUAAUCCAGACUUCAUCGGCACCGAUGCACUCAUCUACCUUACUCGCAAUGGCGAUCCGAAUCCGCCGAAGGAUUCGAAGAGCUUGCUUACAAUCGUCAAAUGGGAGCCUUACAGUUCGUCUUUGGAUCGACCGCCCCUACUCACCUUCGUCGACGGCGAGUCAUUGGUUAAUAUCACGUUCGACACGUAUAGAAGCGAGGCGAUGGAGCUGUUGAGUCGGCUCUCUCUGAAUGAGAUCGGGAAGCCUUUCUGA